AUGAGGCUCUCUACUUUCUUUCUCCUGAUGGCUCCGGCCGCAGCUCGCUCAUACCUGUCAUGGAUGGCUGACUCCUGGAUCCUCAACAACCGGGAACACGAAGGCGCCUACUGGUAUGGCCGCGCCACAAUUUACGAAGGCUACGAAGCCGCGUACUCGCUCUACGGAAACGAGACCUUGCUUGAAUGGUACCGGUCGCAGAUUGACGACGUGGUGGUUGCCCCUGAUGGCAGUAUCGUCGACUUCAACGAGACGUACUAUUCGCUCGACGACUACCGCAUCGGGAAUAACAUCCUGUACUGGUACGAGCGCACUGGCGAAGAGAAGUACCGUCUGGCCGCAGACAGCAUUCGCGCAAUGCUCGACCGGCACCCCCGCACGGAAACGGGGGGGUUCUGGCACCGGCAGCCGAAUUAUCCGCAUCAGAUGUGGCUGGACGGCAUUUUUAUGGCGGAUGUGUUUUACGCCAAGUGGACAAAGCUCUUUGACGCGAAGAAUAUAACUGCGUGGGAGGAUAUCGUCUUGCAGUGGGAUAAGAUUGAAGCCGUGACACGGGAUCCCGGUGGCACUGGGCUACUCGUUCAUGGGUUUGAUGAGAGCAAGGCCGCCGUCUGGGCGGACCCGGUUACAGGAGCUUCGCCUCUUGUCUGGAACCGUGCUGUUGGGUGGUAUUUUGUCUCCCUGAUCGAGGUCCUGGAUAUCUACCCCAAGGACCUACCCGGAUACAAACGACUUUUAGGAUACUACAAGAGGCUCGCCAAGGCGAUACUUCGCGCCCAGGACAGGGAGACAGACGGUUGGUAUCUAAUCCUGAGCAAGCAGUAUGUUGGUGCCGAAGGGAACUACUUCGAAAGCUCUGCGGCCGCUAUGUUCACCUAUGGCUGGCUCGCCGGCCUGCGGAAGGGUUAUCUUGACAAGAAGACGUUUUCGAAACCAGCGGCAAGGGCGUACAGACAUUUAAUUGACGAUUUUGUCACGAAACAUCGCAAUGGAACCCUGACUUAUGAAGGGACUGUUCAGGUUGGAUCGCUUAAUAGCGAUGCGUCCUUUGAGUACUAUGUGAGUAUUCCAGUGGUUCCGAAUGACACCCGUGGUGUUGGUCCGUUCCUGCUUGCUUCCUAUGAGUGGGAGCUUCAGAAUAGACGCUCGUAG